CAAUCACGAGGACUUGGCAUUGAGUUAAAAACUGUCACCACCGCCUCCAGCUAAAUCUCCUUCACUCAAAUAGACUUUUCUCUUCAUCAUUACAAUUCCUUAGAGACGUACUCCUGAUCGUUUGACUUGACAACUUCUCAGUCUACUCAACAACUCCUGGACAGUCACUAGUUUAGUUGUUAGUCACCCAAGAAGACGGCAACUACACAACAACUACCCCUCAACGAGCAACAACACUUUCUCUUCCAAACUCACACAACUGUCACAAUGCUCUCCUCUCACGGUCGAGGUGGUGCUGGCAACAUGGCCGACUCAACCCACACUGAGAAGACAGAUCCCAGCAAGCUCCAGACUCCCGUCCUCAAGGGCUCUGUUGUCACCACCGGUCGUGGUGGUACAGGCAACAUGGCCAAGAACGAUGACCCUCGCGAAACUCGCAAGCGUCAGGACGUUGAAGCUAUCCCUCGACGCCCCUCAUCUGGUGCUCAGCAUGCUGGCCGUGGUGGCGCGGGCAACGUCUUCAAGGACAAGGAGACAGAGUUGACCCGCAAGCCCAGCAACGAUGAAGCUAUCACUGACGAGGAGGAGCCCAAGUCUGCCAACUCACCUACUGCUGCUGGCGCGUCGUUGGCUCAGAAGGGCAAGAACUGGCUCUUUGGCAAGAAGGCUUAGGACUUCAGAGACCUUCAAGUGUUUCACCAUGCUCAAUUCUAGAGAUGAGAGAUUUCAUGUUCUACUGCUAUUGGGUCUAGUUAUUUUACAGUACAGCUUGGUGUUUUGGCGCCUUUGACAUUGAAUCUGAGGCAGGGGUUCUGGCUAGACAAUCUUAUGAAGGACGGGUCAACGUACAGGACAAAGGAUACGUGAAAAGGAGGAAAAGCAAAAGUAAAGAUACCAUCCCAUGAAUUAAAUGAUUUACAAACAAAGAGUU